AUGUGGAACCGGACUUCCCACGUCACUUUGCGAACCAGAGGCACCCGCGCGAAUUCGGACAUUGCGCUGGAUUCGCCCGCCAACCCUGGCACGGACCAGUUCGCCACCAAGCGGCGAGCCGCAAGUGCUUUCGACGCCGAGCAGCUCAAGGUCGAUGCGGCCGGGCAAGCCCUCCACGAGAGCCGCACCGCCGGGCAGAUCUCCGAUCACACGUGCGAGAGCGGGGCACUCGUGCUGGCCAGUGCUGGGGAUACCAGCGGGUGUCGACAUCAUUACCACGGCGCUGACGUGGACGAGGCCCACCAGGAGCGCCAGUCCGCCAUUAAAGGAAUGAACGACCAUUCCGAUGCCUCUCACACGCGCGAUGAGCCGCCACAGAUCCAAGCAACGGCCAGAGGCGAGCCAGGUGCGCCCAACCGCCGGGCGCACGAGCUCGCGCAGCGCAGCCCGGACAGCCAGCGCCGCCGCAGGGCGGGCGGCGUCACCGCCCGGGUGGUGCUCGAGAUCGACGGCCGGCCCGGGUGCGAGCCCGAACGGCACGAGCUCGGCUUUACAGGACUCAUGGAGCACGCCUCGGGCAGGCACGAGGACGGCGUCCUCGGAUUUGCGUCUGGGGUGCAGCACACGGCGUUGCCCUUCUCGGCCCGGCUGACGAUCCUCGAGUAUCCACUCCACCUCGCUGUGCAGACGUAUGUCGGCCUCAACUUCAAUACGAUGGCGUUAUUGUGCCAGGGGUUCGACUUCGGCCCCAUGGACCUCGCCUGCGUCAUGGAUCUCUGGCUGCAGUCUGAUCAACUGCGGAGAGUUCCAGAGGGAAGCGUCGCAGAGGUUGUGAAGCGCACCCUCCGCUUUGUGAAGUUGGAGUGGUCUCCUGUUGUUCGGAUAUCCUUCAUCGUGUGCAUGCACUCGUGCUGGCCACAGGCGAAGCACACGUGGUGGCACGCGUCGCUGAUCUGGAGCUGCGCAGAGCUGGAGGUGUGGAGGGGGCCUGCGGACGGCAAGCCGGGCGCGGGCACCUUCAGGACCUACGUGGCGCAGAUCGUGCAGCACGCGCUGUCUCCACACCCGGAGGUGUUCAUAGCGGCAUUGCAGGACUUCGUGGAGGGCCUUCCGUUAGUCACCGUGGCCGCCAUAGAGGCGUUCUUCUCCGUCCCCGACAGCAUCAGCGACCCCAUCGCUAUCGCUGCAAGGCAUUAUCUUCAGCUUCUCCACGUCGAGGACGAGCGGUCCGUCGGCGCUGUUACUCCCAUUUGUGUUCCGAGAGGCGACGAGCGCCUAUCUGAUUUCGGUGGUCUGUCACCAGUAACUCUGCAAGGAUUUGAGACGCCAGCUGCCGCCGGUCGUCCCUGA